AUGGACCGGAAGGUGGCUCGAGAGUUCCGGCACAAGGUGGAUUUUCUGAUUGAAAAUGAUGCGGAGAAGGACUAUCUAUAUGAUGUGCUGCGGAUGUAUCACCAAACCAUGGAUGUGGUCGUGCUUGUGGGAGACCUGAAGCUGGUCAUCAAUGAGCCUAGCCGCCUGCCGCUGUUUGACGCCAUCAGGCCCCUGAUCCCACUGAAGCACCAGGUGGAAUACGACCAGCUGACCCCCCGGCGUUCCAGGAAGCUGAAGGAGGUGCGUCUGGACCGUCUGCACCCUGAAGGCCUCGGCCUCAGUGUUCGUGGGGGCCUCGAGUUCGGCUGUGGGCUCUUCAUCUCCCACCUCAUCAAAGGGGGUCAGGCUGACAGUGUCGGCCUCCAGGUAGGGGAUGAGAUCGUCCGGAUCAAUGGAUAUUCCAUCUCCUCCUGCACCCAUGAGGAAGUCAUCAACCUCAUCCGCACGAAGAAGACUGUGUCCAUCAAAGUGAGACACAUCGGCCUGAUUCCCGUGAAGAGCUCUCCUGAUGAACCUCUCAAAUGGCAGUAUGUGGAUCAGUUUGUGUCAGAAUCUGAGGGUGGGCGGAGCAGCCUGGGCUUCCCCGGCAGUCGGGAAAACAAGGAGAAGAAGGUCUUCAUCAGUCUGGUAGGAUCCCGGGGCCUUGGCUGCAGCAUUUCCAGUGGGCCCAUCCAGAAACCUGGCAUCUUUAUCAGCAACGUGAAGCCUGGUUCCCUGUCUGCUGAGGUGGGGCUGGAGACAGGGGACCAGAUUGUCGAAGUCAACGGCAUCGACUUCUCCAACCUGGACCACAAGGAGGCCGUCAACGUGCUGAAGAGUAGCCGCAGCCUGACCAUCUCCAUUGUAGCUGGAGCUGGCCGAGAGCUGUUCCUGACAGACCGGGAGCGGCUGGAGGAGGCACGGCAGCGCGAGCUACAGCGGCAGGAGCUUCUCAUGCAGAAGCGGCUGGCAAUGGAGUCCAACAAGAUCCUCCAGGAGCAGCAGGAGAUGGAACGACAGAGAAAAAAAGAAAUUGCCCAGAAGGCAGCAGAGGAGAAUGAAAGAUACCGGAAGGAGAUGGAACAGAUUGUGGAAGAGGAGGAGAAGUUUAAGAAGCAGUGGGAAGAAGACUGGGGCUCAAAGGAACAGCUGCUCUCAUCUAAAACCAUCACCGCUGAGGUGCACCCAAUACCCCUUCGCAAGCCUAAGUCCUUCGGGUGGUUUUAUCGUUACGAUGGCAAAUUCCCAACCAUCCGGAAGAAAGGAAAGGAUAAGAAGAAAGCCAAGUAUGACAGCCUGCAAGAGUUGAGAAAGAAUAAGAAGGAACUAGAGUUUGAGCAAAAGCUUUACAAAGAGAAAGAGGAAAUGCUGGAAAAGGAAAAACAACUGAAAAUCAACCGGCUGGCCCAGGAGGUGUCCGAGACAGAGCGGGAAGACCUUGAGGAAUCGGAAAAGAUUCAGUAUUGGGUGGAAAGGCUCUGUCAGACACGCCUUGAGCAGAUUUCCUCUGCUGAUAAUGAGAUUUCAGAGAUCCCCACCCAAGACCUGACUCCUACCCGCCCGCUACCCUCGGCACUGGAAGAGGCACUGGGCAACCACCCCUUCCGUGCUGGGGACACAGGAAAUCCAACAGAGGAGUGGGAAGCAAAGAACCACAGUGGGAAGCCCACUAAUUCCCCUGUCCCUGAACGGAGCUUCCCACCCACCACAAAGACAUUUUGCCCAAGCCCACAGCCUCCACGAGGCCCUGGUGUGUCCACCAUCUCCAAACCUGUCAUGGUCCACCAGGAGCCCAACUUCAUCUACAGGCCAGCUGUGAAAUCCGAGGUCCUGCCACAGGAGAUGUUGAAGAGGAUGGUGGUUUAUCAGACCGCGUUCAGACAAGAUUUCCGGAAAUAUGAGGAAGAUUUUGACCCCUACUCCAUGUUCACCCCAGAACAGAUCAUAGGGAAGGAUGUCCGCCUCCUGCGCAUUAAGAAGGAGGGAUCCUUAGAUCUGGCCCUGGAAGGCGGUGUGGACUCCCCAGUCGGAAAGGUGGUCGUCUCAGCUGUGUAUGAGGGGGGAGCUGCUGAGCGGCAUGGUGGCAUUGUGAAAGGGGAUGAGGUCAUGGCGAUCAAUGGCAAGAUUGUGACGGACUACACCCUGGCUGAGGCAGAGGCCACCCUGCAGAAGGCCUGGAGUCAGGGGGGGGACUGGAUCGACCUUGUUGUUGCCGUCUGUCCCCCCAAGGAAUAUGAUGACGAGCUCUCUUCUCUUCCCUCCUCUGCAGCCGAAAGCCCCCAGCCGGUCCGAAAGUUCCUUGAAGACCGUGCUCCCGUGCAUAGACACAGGUUCCUCCUGCAGCUGGAGCCUGGCAGCCCCCCACGACAGUGCCUGACGGGCUGGCGUCUGUGGAGCUGUGUGGGGCCUGCCGUGUGCUGCCUGUUGUCAGGCCCUGCCCUGGGCUGCGUGUGCACCCACAAGGCCUGCAUCCGCCUGGUCUGCCUCUUCUUCCCCACAGGACCUUCUUCUGAAGUCCAGAAGGAGAAAACCAAAUUCACCCCUUGA